UGACACCGAUGGACGUAGUGAAAAUUCGGCUACAGCAGCAACACCAUCCAUUUCCUAAAGGGCAAUGCUUUUACUUUUACAAUGGCCUAAUGGAACAUCUCUGUACUUCAUGUGAGAAUCGAUGCUUUUGUAAAAAUUACACGAACAGAAGGUAUCCGAUCACUGUGGAGCGGCUUGUCUCCCACACUGUACGUCCAAAUAUUCGUUGAUU